ACUAAUAAUAAAUAAAAAUGAGUGUUACCGGCGCAAAUAGCCAGUGGCCUUGCGGAUUGAAGCAAAAAAUCGACGAAUGGGUUUCGUGGGACAAAAACGAGAAAACUGUGUCAGAAAUCAACCGCUUGAUCGAUAGCAAUGCAACACAAGAGUUGUGUAAAAGACUACUGGACAGACUGUCGUUUGGUACCGCAGGACUGAGGGGUAGAAUGCAAGCAGGGUACAAUGCGAUGAACGACCUGGUCAUCAUACAAACCACACAGGGUCUCCUCAAAUAUCUCGAAGAAACUAAUCAAAAUUUGCUUCGAGAUAACGGUAUCAUAUUUGGAUACGACGGAAGACACAACAGUAAAAGAUUCGCGGAAUUGUCAGCAUCGAUAUUUCUUCACAAAAAUUACAAAGUAUACUUGUUCGGCGACGUUGCUCCAACCCCUUUGGUAGCCUACGGGGUAAGAAAAUGGAAAUGCGUAGCGGGAGUGAUUGUCACCGCUUCCCACAACCCCAAAGACGAUAAUGGUUAUAAAGUCUAUUCGACUAAUGGGGCCCAAAUAAUAUCUCCUAUCGAUAAACAAAUCCAAGCAAAGAUUUUAGAAAACCUACAGCCCUGGUCGGAGUCAUGGGACACUUCCAUUUUGAAUCAAAACACUUCCUUAUUAAUAGACCCAUUGAAAGAAACAUUCCAGUCUUACGUAAAAGAUAUCACAAGCAACAUUGACCAACAACAAAAAGCUAUUAUAAAUACAGCAAAUGUCAAAUUUACUUAUACAGCCUUGCAUGGAGUAGGUUGCAAGUAUGUUGAACAAUUAUUUCAUUCCGUUGGUCUAAAUUUGAUUCCCGUCGAAGAACAAAAGGAUCCGGACCCCAAUUUUCCAACUGUCAGGUACCCGAUAAUAUUUUACAUUAGUAUUUGUUGGUAUCGUUUGUAACGACAUUGAAGUUUAAUGUUCGUGGGUUUAACAAAUUAACUUUU